UGCAAGUGGCGUACAGGAUCGCCGGACGCAGCUGUGGUCAGGCAGGCGUCUCCACUUACGGGCAUUAAUGCCCAUCGAGCAGGUGGCAUGACCUCAUCAGGGAAUCCCCCCACAUCCACAGGGUCUCCACCCCAGAAUGACAGGGCUUGUUUCUCAGGCGCAGCAGCUGCCUGAACAGAGCUGCAACAUGAAAGCAGGUGCUGGAAUGAUGACGGAUAUUUACAGGAGGGUCUUUAAAUAGAACUGAUGGCCGCCAGCGUGGAACGUUUCCGGAAGGCGGAGUGGAGACCGGCCGAUGGUGACAUCUUCACCUUAAAAAGCAGCCUGUCGCGGACGUGGCUACUCUCUGCGGACAGCACAGCAUGCUCUCACGCCGUACUCUUACAAAAUAUGCUGACCUGGAGGUCUUCUUAUAAGUUCUCUUUGUACAAGCCGGACGUUUUGUUGAAUCACUACAUUUUAUUAAAAUGGGAGUGUUCUGGACUGUUGCAUUGUCAUUUCAAGAGUACAACAGCAUUUGCCUUCGUGGGAUUUCUGCUGAGGAGCCCUCAGUCGCAUGUUCAUCUCCGCAAAAUUGAUUCGGCUUCAAGUCCGUUCCGUUCUACUAGCAGCAGACAAGUUGUCCACAGCGGCGAUGAGCUCGCAAGAGGAACAAUGGAUGGGUUAGGAGACUGUAUCCACCCAGCGAUUCCCGCUAAUCCAGUCCAGUCUCUGAUGCCCAUAAUGACCCUACUAAAGGAGCAGGAGGAAUUCUGGAUGUACCAAAAAAAUUUUUUUAUAUAUCUUAUUACCACAGGAAGAAAAACAAAGCUACCUGCUGUUUUUUCCAGUUCACAAUAAAUUAAAUUAUUGGAAAAUUGACUACAUGAUGCCCAAGUGUUCCUGAUUUGCUGCUUUGCAGAGCAGCUCACACUCGUCUGUGGCCGGGGAUUUUGUCCUGUGUCCCUGGCUCCCUCUCGUCCCCGCGUCCGGCCUGGUCCUUCUACACGAGCAGCACAGGCAGUCCCUUCCAUUUACCGUGGUAUUCCGCCCGGCAUCCCAGUGAGCAGCGAGGCUUACAAUCUGGAAGUAGGUUAUACAGUGUGAGGCGUUCAUUUACUCAUCCCGCCUCUGUCGUUUAUUUUUUUAUGUUUCUUCUUUACUCCGUUCUGCUUUAUUCGAUUUGCUCCUUUCUGGUUGUUGCGCUCUCUUCAUGUGAUAUUUUAUAUAUUUAGCGGACGCUUCUAUACAAAGUGACCUACAUUUGAGAAUGCAGAGUCAGACAGACCCUGCAGCGAUUGGCGGUUAAGGACCCGGGAAAAUCACUCUGCCGAUGCUGAGAUCUGAACCGUCGACCUUCCGAUCACAGGCACAGCCCAAUGAGUCACACAGCGCCCCCUUCUGGUUAGCUGACUCACUCCGGUAGGGACUCAAAGAUUCGGAGGUGUGCCAUGAAUACUCCAUUCGGGCAUUGCACUGGGGACGUGGCUAUUGCCCGUGUUUGACAUGAUUUCUAUGGAGACGGCACUGGUGUCCUCCUUCCCAAAGGCGCCAGAUCCGGACUCUCGGGGGCCGGUGAAAAGGAAUAAAUGAAAUGCAGGCCUGUCGCAUCGAUCACUGGGACACGCGAUACUGGCUUGGGAAUUGACACAGGGCCUGAGAUCAAGGACUGAAUGGAGGAGAAGGAGAGGAGCCGCUCGCCCUCGCGGCGGGCCAGCCGCGUGGAGCAGGUGGUCGGCCGCUGGCUGCGACGUUCCCGCGACUCCAGCAGCAGAGAGAGGGCAGCUGGAGAGGGCAAAUUUGGGACUCCAGUUGGUGCUGUGGCCCCCCCCGUCAAACUGACCGUGAAGCUUUCAAGGGACCCACGACUGGACUCCCAUGGAUUCGAGAUCUCAGACCAGUGUCCCCUGCUGGUCACAGAGGUUACUGCAGGCGGCCCAGCGGAUGGGAGGCUCGUCCAAGGAGACCAGGUGCUAACGAUUAACAACAUCGUGACGGACGACCUGUCCGCCGAGCAGGCUGCCGAAAUCAUCAGGGAAUCAUGGGAUUGUGUGACGCUGACGGUCCUCCGACACUCAGCUGGGCCCAAGUCCUCCUUCAUGACGGCGGAGAAGAGAGCACGCUUGAGGAGCAACCCUGUAAAGGUUCACUUUGCAGAGGAGGUGGUGGUCAACGGGCACACUCAGGGAAACUCGUUGCUGUUCCUUCCCAACGUCCUGAAGGUCUACCUGGAGAACGGCCAGACAAAGGCCUUCAAGUUCGAAGCCAAAACCACAGUGAAGGAAAUUGUGCUGACUCUGAAGGAGAAGCUGUCCAUACACUCGAUUGAGCACUUUGGGCUGGUGUUGGAGGAACAGUACAGCAUCAACAAGCAGCUGUUGUUACACCAAGAGGAGUACAUCCAGCAGGUGGUGCACAAGAAAGAGGUCCAUGACUACAGGUGUUUGUUCCGCGUCUGCUUCGUGCCCAGAGAUCCCCUGGAAUUGCUGCAGGAAGAUCCUGUGGCCUUUGAGUACCUCUACCUGCAGAGUGUCAACGACGUGCUGCAGGAGCGCUUCGCCGUGGAGAUGAAGUGUAACACGGCACUGCACCUCGCCGCACUGCACAUCCACGAGCGCCUGGACAGCUGUGGCCAGACUCACCGCACCUCCCUGAAGAGCAUCACGAAGGAGUGGGGAAUUGAGAACUUUAUCUCACCAACCCUACUGAGGAACAUGAGUGAGAAAGAUCUGAAGAAAGCGAUUGGCUACCACCUGAAGAAGAUUCGGGCCCUGCUGGAUCCCAAACAGAAGGUGAUAUCAGCAACCCAGGCUCGCCUGAGCUACCUGGCACAGCUGGGCGAGCUGCAGUCAUACGGAGGAAAGUGCUUCACCGCCACCAUACUGUUCCAGGACAGAGAGUCCAUGGUUAACCUCCUGGUGGGAGCCAGAUACGGCAUCAGCCAGGUGAUCAACCAAAGGCUUAACAUCAUCGUCGUUCUGACCGAAUUCACCAGCGUCACUCGCGUAGACCUCCUCCCCGAGUCUGAGAGGGUUAGCCUAGUCAAGAUUUACCUGCAGGACGUCAAGCAAAUAACCCUCUUGAUGGAGUCCGGUGCUGCCAAGGACUUCUCCUGCCUAGUAACUGGCUAUUGCAAGUUGUAUCUGGACCCAGCCCUGACCGUUUUCUCCUGGAGCAGCCCUGCCAAGAUGUAUCGGAUCCCAACCGAGGCAGGCUACCCCCAAGAUGGCGGUGACCUAGAUGACUUCUCCAUAGUGGACAGCUCGGGCAAUGUGCUGGUGGACUUUCACUUCUCCAUUGAUGACACGAGGGUGACGCCAUUGAGGGAGGAGGAGGAUGGAAUGAAGGGUAACAAAAGCAAAGAGGAGGAAGAAGCGGAAGCAAAUGGGAACAAGGUGGCAAAGGAAGCAGCAGGUGACCGGGGAGACGCGGUAGAGGAAGAGCCCUCACACUUGUGCCAUAGCAGGAGCCAGUCUUUGGAAAACCUGGAUGACGAUGACCUUCUCACCUGCUCUGCCGGUGAUCCUUCAAGCAUGGAUGCCAGUCAUCCCUAUCUUCUGGACACAUCUAUAUUGGAGAUGGAACUCGAUGGAGAUGGCUUCAUCCAUGGUCUUGAGAAUACAGAACAGAAAAAUGAGGCCUUCCGGUGUUUCAGGGACUUCUCCAGCAUGGCGGACUCUCUCCCCAGCCCCCCAGAGGCCACUGAUGAAGAGGACGAGCGCCAGCGCAUGAAUUUAGGCCAAUUCGGUGAAGGUGGACUUACCAAGGGGGGUGAUGAUGUAGAGCGGCCCACCUCUUCUGCUCUCACUUUGGAUGUAGGUGAUCUCCCUGAACAUCCUGAGCCAGCCCAGGCUAGGCUGCAGGUCAUGCCCCAAGACCUUCGGCCAGCUCCUGUUCUCCAGCCUUCGCCCAGUUUUGUAGACAGCAGCUCAGAGGACGAGUUCUUUGAUGCCAAUGAUAAAUUCGUACCUUCAGCAGCUGGUCAGGAGACCUCAGUGAUGCGCAAGGACAGAGCAGGCAUGACCCGCACACUGAACCUGCAUAACCUCAGCUGCACAGAGCAGGAGGGGGAGGAGAAUGAGAGGGACCAAAUGUCCACACCACCAGCAUCCUCAAGUGUUGGGAAAAAGUUGCGCAAACGUCACUUCUUCGCAGAGAACUACACAUCCCAAGUGUCCUUCCCUGUGACAGAAAGAGAGAAUCAGAUGGUGGAUGAGGACCAGUUGGGCAGGUUUGACAACGAUCCCUCAAACCGUUCCUUAGAAAAUGAGCCUUUCCAUCACCCUGAGCCACCAAUCCAUUCAGGCUCUCAUCUGCCAGGUUCCCCUGGCAACUCGACAAGUGAACAGCUCAUUCAGAACAAUCAGCUUUCAUUUGACCUCUCGGAGAUGAACCCAGACACUUUGGAGUACAAACUCUUUAAUGGCUCUCCUGUGGUUUUGGCGGAGUAUAGCCAAGUAGACCCAGAGGCCAAGAACAGCAGCAAAUGUUUAGAACAUUUUUCUGGUUCUGUUGAAGAAACAGUCUUCAACAAGAGUGUGGUCCUCAACAGCUCAGAAGCCAGUAAUAAAGGGCUGCCUUCCCCAGAAAAGCAGUCAUGCCUGAGUUGUACACUUGGGGGACAAGAUGGUAACGUGAGGCUGUCUCCCCUACAGCUUACACAUAGUCCACAAUUCAUACCUACUAAUACCUCAGUCUUCAGCUCGCCUAGUUCAGAAAAGACACAAGGGGCUGAGGACAAUGAGGCAGGUUUAGAAGCCGAGUCUGAAAGUGUCACUGCAGACCAGUGGACAAAUGACAGCAGCUGUCUUGUCAUGGUCACCAGUAGGCGUAUUUCCCUUAGUUUGGAAAGCAUUUUGCUGGUAGAAACUGAGGCUUCAGAUAUUAUUGAAGCGAGUAGCCUCACAACCAAUGAAACAACAAACACGAAUUCACAAAGACGCUCCUUAGGCUUAGUGGGCCGACUGUCAAACUCUGCUCUGCGAAAAAAGAUCCGAAAGCUGCCUUGCUGUCUCUCUAGGUCCCAGGAAACUCUCAACACUUUGGGCAGCUGCACUGACAAAACCACUUCAGAAAGACACAUGGAUGAAAGCCAGGUUGCUACUGAGGUCACUGAGGUGACCGAAGCAUCUACUGCAGACGUGGAAGAGCCCAGCGAACUGACAGAGGAAGUCAUAGAGAUGCCCACCGAAGAAUUGGAAGAUGGCCCAAAGCUACUGAAGGUGGUCACGGAGAACAGGUCUGACACUGACACAUUCUGUCAUCGCUUAUGUUCCAAUGUUGAAAGAUCAGAAUCUAAAAUGCUACAACUCUGUAAGCACCCAGAUGUGGGCAUGUGCAACAUUGGUUCUGCUAUUCUGUCAAGAGAGGACGAGUCAGAGGAUGUGGGGGAUCACGCGACUGAGGUGCUUGAAGAACCCAAGGAACUAUAUGGAGAUUCAAAACCAUGUGAGUCCAAGCAGCCUCAGCCCCUGCCCCAUCCUUACACGAAGGGGAUGGUUGAAUUUACGCAUCCCCCUGUUCUGCUGGUGUCCCGAACUCCCCAGGAGCACUGCGGGUGCCAAAGUUAUUCUAAUUGCUUCAGCAGGCAGACAGGCAGAAGAAAUUUAGACGAGGAAGGGAUGCUGGAUGAGUUUUCCUGUCAGACACAAGGAAUAGAGGGCACGUGCCUAACAGUACCCUCCACGUAUCCUCCUUCCUCCAUCCCCCCGUUCUCCAGGGUUGUUCUCCCUCGUUCCUCUUCCUCAGAACUAAGCCCCUUGCUGUCUCCUCUGGACCCUGCUGACUGCAGCCCACCAGAUUCUCUGCAGGAGGUGCUCAACCAACUGCGCGGUCGGCACUAUAGGGUCCCUGGGGGCUUCUCCCUGCUGCAGCAGGAUCUGCUGGAACUGCUGACCAUCCUUGAGACAGAGCCCCAGGGCCGGGGGCAGCACCACUGGGAAACAUGCGUAGCACAUCUCUCAGAGAACAAGCACCUGCUCCAUGCUGAGGCGCGCAAGCUGAUGUCCAACUGUCAGCGGGUUAUCCGUGUGGGCCAGGGCCCCGAGGAGAUGCUGCGGACCUUGAGCGAGAGCUUCCACACCCUGGUGCAGCUGGCCAGCAUGUGUCUGUGCUUCUCCAGUUGCUGCCAGUGUGAGGGCAGCCUCGCUGAGGUUCUGGGAAGCCUAAGGGAGAUAGCCAAAGCCUACAGGGAAUUCUCUCAAGAGGCAGAGCUCGCCUGUGGAAGGAAGAGCUGCCAAGAUGUCAGCAUAAAAGUGCUGGCAAGACAAUGUACUGCCAUCACUGCCUCCGUCUUCUGCCUCACGCAGCUGUACUGCACCCUCGCUGCUCUCUGAUUCUGCCUUUGACCUACAACCUCUAACGCUCAAGUCCCACUUGUGAGAGACAUGAAAACUCAGAGGCAAUGGAGGAACUUCCUAUGGUGGAGAAAUUUCUAUGCCAAAUUGCGAAAGACAGGGUGGCCUGAAAGUUAUACUCCAAAUUCCAGCACACACAACUAAAUGGGACAGGAAAAUCUGAGGAAACACUCACAAGUGGCAGCUUCAUGUAGUCCUGCUACAGCAAUCUUGGUCUUUGUCUACAAACUCCAGCCACUUGCAUACUUGGUCUUUGUCUAUGAACUCUGGAAACGAUCAUACUUGGUCUUUGUCUACAAACUCUGGAUACUUCCAUACUUGGUCUUUGUCUACGAACUCUGGAAACUUCCAUACUUGGUUUUUGUCUAUGAACUCUGGAUACUUCCAUACUUUGCCUACCAACUCUGGACACUUGCAUACUUAGUCUAUGUAUAUGUACGUAUGUAUUUAUUGUCCUCAGCUUAUUUCUUACCUUAUUGUAAUGGCUGAUGUCAGGGAAGUAAUGCACAGGGAAGGAAUCUUUUAUGUCCUGGUUCAAUAGUCCCGUUAUAUGGGUUGUGUGAAGAAACAUGCUAAAGCAAGCUGUCCUAUUCUUUUUAUUUUAAUUUAGCGUAAACACUGGAUGAAUGUUUAACAUACAGUAAUUAUGGCAACUGUUGAACUGUUUAAUACAAUAAUUUAAAGUGAAGAAGGUCAUUUUAAGCCACUAUGGCUGUGUGUUUCUUCAAUACAUGGUUUAUAUGAACACGCUAUAUGCUAAAGGGAUAAUGCUGGUUUUUCACAUGGGCCAAAGGUGUAAGAUAUAAUUGCAUGAGAUGUAGAUGCAAAUGCAAACAAAAACCUUUAAUUACUCAUUGUCUUGAAAAUUAUGUAGGUUUUUUGUAUAUACAUAUAUAUCUCAAAUGCAAUGUUCUGUUCUUCAGGAAAAAGGGUGUGGGGCUCGUACGACUGUUCUAACAUUCAACAAACGGUAGCCAUGUCUUUCCACAGUAAGGCAAUGAUGAAUGUCUGUCUCAGAGAAACGGAAACCUCUCGUUUCGUAAAGCACAACUGCAGUAGGGCUUGCGUUACUGAAGAAGGCGUGAAGCACAGUGCCUGUGAUGGAGAUACAUGGGGUUAAAAAGCUGACAAAUUGACUGAGCUGCAAAUGGGUAAAAUCUGGGAGAAGUUUCUAGUGUUGACUGGGGGACUUGCAAAUAUUUAGGUCUUCAGAACUGUUUGUUCAAAAAUCUCUUGUAUUCUUAUACUGCAUGAAGAGCAAGAAUCAAAAUCCACUGUCCUGAGGUAAGGAUGCUGGUAAGUCGAGUAUGAAACCCAACUGAUUAUUAUUCAGUAGCGAUUCUGUCAUUAUGGAUGCACUGGGACCAUGAGCUAUGAGUUAUGAAUGGUCCUACAGCAAAUGUCAUGCAGCCUACCGCAAAAACAUUGAUAACUGGUCCUAAGUUCUUACUGUAUUUUCCAUGGAGGAAAUCUUUGUUUGAACCUUGUAUUUGUUACUUGAACUCAGCUCAGAUGUAGGUGAGUCAUUCAUACAUGUUUACAUAGUCAUGUUCCUGCCAAAACCCUAAUUUCAUACCGAAAACAGAUAUAUAACUGAAGAUGAUCUAAGGUUAAAGGUCAUUCUGUCCUGUAUGAAAACAUUUGGUUAGUAAAGAAAGAUUUUUUUUUUUGCCAAAAUCUAUUUUUUAAUAACUGAAAGGACAAUGAUACAAAGCACUCUGGUGCACAAUCUGAACUACAGCUAUAGAUACAGUAAACCCUGCUUGCUAAAAGCCAUAUCUGUGAGCUGUCUAAGAAGUGAAGGGACAAUCACUGCUGUUUUUAUGCUGAAGUAAACAUUUGUUUUAAAUAAAACCUGAUUUGAUUUU